AUGCAGAGGGCCUUACGAAGUCCUGAAGGGCAAGGUGAGCCAAAUGUUUCAUGGGCGCGAUUUAAGGAACUUUUCAAUACUAAGUACUUUCCUCUGUGCAAGAAGAUGGAGAAAAGCCGAGAGUUUAUGAACCUGCGACAGACCGAGGGCAUGUCAGUUGCCCAGUAUGAAGAUCGGUUCACACGUCUCAUUAAGUAUAUGCCUAUUUAUAAUUUGGACGAGGAGGCCAAGGCUAAAAAAUUCCUUGGAGGAUUGAAAAUGGAAAUUCAACAAGCCUUGAGUUCCGUCGGGCCACGCACGUAUGCAGAAGUAGUCCUUCAAGCCCAGACUGUGGAGAGUAAUCAUGAGAGGAUGAACUCCUUGAGAAAUGAAUCCCAAAACCCAACAGACAGGAAGUUUGAUAGAGGGUCUAACUUGGGACCCCGAGGGAAAAAUUUCAAGAAAAAAGAAAAUUGCCCUAAAUGUCAGAAGUCACAUUCAGGGAAGCCAUGCAAGGUAGAGACCCCAAAGUGCUAUAAUUGCGGAGCUAAUGACCACAUGAUCCGUGAAUGUACGAAGGGACGGGUGUGCUACAAUUGUCAACGACCCGGCCAUGUUUCCAAGGAUUGUCCGCAAGGGAAGGGACCAGGUCAGCAGGUAGCAAAUAAAGGGAGCCAAGGAUUUCGCCAAGGUCGCGUAUUCAACUUGUCAAAAGAAGAUGUGACCUUAAAUCCAACAGUAAUUCAAGGUACGAUGAUCUUUCUUAAUACCUCGGUACAAGUAUUGGUAGAUCCUGGAUCCACGCAUUCAUUCAUAUCUCAUGCAUUGACACGAUGCUUAGAAUUGGAGUUGGAAGAACUUAGUUACCCCAUGAUGAUAGCCACUCCUUUAAAUAAAGAGAUGGAAACUCGUUUGGGUUAUAAGGAUGGGAAGAUUUCAUUUGGAAAUGGUGAGUGGGCAAUUGAGCUUAUAUCCCUAGACAUACAAGAUUUUGAUCUAAUCUUAGGGAUGGAUUUCCUAUCUAAAUACAAUGCCAAAGUGGAUUGUCGUAGAAAGGUAGUAAGCUUACAGGACGAGUGUGGAACUUGGGUGAAAUUUCGAGGUUAG